CACGGCUUCCUUACACAGCGUGCCGUACAGUUCAAUGACAUUCUGAGCUUUCAUAAGACUCUUCACUUCUUCAGGCUGUAAUAAUGUCGUUAACUUUCUUAUUCAGAACCGUUGCAAGAGACGUAGUAAAGGUCAGCCUUUGCCAGCAUGUACAGUCGUUACACACAGGUUGUCAGCUCCUGGCAGCAGACAAAGCCCUCCUGAUGAAACUGCGGAAAAGCACCGGCUACACUUUCAUUAACUGCAAGAAAGCACUGGAGAAGUUUGAAAAUGACAUAGCACAGGCAGAGACCUGGCUACACGAGCAGGCCCAGAAGGAGGGCUGGAGCAAAGCGAAUAAACUGGAGGGCCGCAAGGCCAAAGAGGGUCUGAUUGGUCUGUUUGUAGGAGAUAAAGCUGCAGUUAUGGUGGAGGUGAACUGUGAGACGGACUUUGUUGCCCGUAAUGAGAAGUUUCAGCAGCUGGUAAAGGAUGUGGCAUUUGCCACUUUGACUCAUCACCAGAAUAAAGCCCAAAGCCAGGCAGGAUAUGUCAAGAGUGUCCUGGCAGGUGAAGAGUUAAGCAAACUCAGUGUGGAUGAAGGAGCCUCGCUUGCAGACAAGGUGGCUCUCACAAUAGGUCGCCUCGGUGAGAACAUGUCAGUCAAACGGGCGGUGACAGUCGGUGUCCCUGCUGAGUGGCACAUCGGCUCAUACGUGCACGGCGGUGUGAGCAGCCAGACUGAGGUGGCCAUGGGGAGGUACGGUGCCCUGGUCGUAUUCCAGGGUGGAAAGGAGGAAGAACGUGCGACUUUAGGCCGUAAGCUGGGACAGCAUGUAGUGGGAGAAGCUCCCCUGUCACUGGGCAACAUGGAUGACCUGCCCUGCGGUGAAAGCGAGACACGUCUGCUGCCUCAGACCUUCCUGGGAGACCCCAGCAGGACUGUAGCACAGUUUCUCAGGGGUCAACAGGCUCGAGUGCUGGACUUUGUCCGAUUUCAGUGCGGAGAGUCAACCGGUGAAGAAUGAAAGGAGGCAAAUGAUUUAUGCUGUAGGAUUUCUCUUGUGUCUUUAUUUCAUAUGAAAUAUAUCCAUUUAUUAUCUAACAUUCAGACAGUCACAUAUUAUCAUCAUGAAUUUGGAAGCAGAAUAUAUAAACCAACCAGCACCGGUGCCUGAUGAAAUAUACAAUCCAUCAAUAAAAUGUGUUCUCUGGAAAUCUCA